AUGGAAAAUAUUUACAACGCGUUAUCAUUAGCAGGAUUGCAAAAUCAAAUCAAGGUCUCAACAUCGACAUAUUCAGGGCUCUUAACCAACACCUACCCACCUAGAGAUAGCAUUUUUCGCGAAGAAUAUAAAAGUUUCAUUAAUCCUAUAAUUGGAUUUCUAGCACGACAUAAUCUUCCGCUCUUAGCCAAUAUUUACCCUUAUUUUGCCCAUAUUGAUAACACUGACGCCGUUCCUCUUUCUUAUGCACUUUUCAAUCAACAAAGGAGAAAUGAUGCAGGAUAUCAAAAUCUUUUCGAUGCCCUUGUGGAUUCAAUGUAUUUUGCUACGGAGAAACUUGGAGGACAAAAUAUUGAAAUUAUUGUAUCGGAAAGUGGUUGGCCUUCUCAGGGACACCCUGCAGCAACUUUGAAAAAUGCGAGGACUUAUUAUACGAAUUUGAUUAAUCAUGUGAAAAGAGGGGCUGGAACACCAAAGAAACCUGGAAGGACCAUAGAAACUUAUUUAUUCGCCAUGUUUGAUGAAAAUGAAAAGAAGGGAGAUGCAAGUGAGAAACAUUUUGGACUCUUUAAUCCUGAUCAGAGGCCAAAGUAUCAACUCAAUUUUAAUUAAUGAUAGCAUAUAUUAUUAUUAAUAUAUAGAUAUUUGAUAUUAUAUAUGAAUAAUAAGGAGAAAUGGUAUGUUUUUAUCUUUCAAUAAAUGAUAGUAUAUAUAUUUAAUUAAUAUGUAGUGAGAAAAUAUAUGGCCUCUUGUGUGUUCCUUGAUAUCAAAAAUUAAU